UCUGUCAUUGUCUGUCACCGACGAUCUUGUAUCAUUUACUAUUUGUAUUUAUAAAAUUCACAAUACUACAAGAUUAUCGUUUGUGUUUCUGUUCUGACAAAUGUGUUUAUGUUUAUUAGAUACUAAAGUUCGAUUUCACCAUGGUCGUGAAAAGUGAAGAAUCGGAGGGACUAACUAAAAAGUUACGUUUUAAACCUGUGUCCAAUGUUCAACAAUUUACUAGUGAUAAUAACUUUGAAGCUAAAGGCGCGAAAGAAGUAAAGAGCAAAGAUGGACGCAAAUCAGCUUCUUUAUUUGCUUUUCUACACGUUGAGUUGACGAGGGGCUAUAUGCUGGAGCAUGACGAGGAGCGGUUUUCUGCGCGGCGCGAGAAAGUCUACUCGUUUAUAAAAAUCCCUCAGGAACUAGAGAAGUUCAUGGCUUAUGGUUUCUUCCAAUGUGCAGAUUCCCUACUGUUUGUGUACACUUUUCUUCCAUUAAGAUUUAUUAUGGCUUUUUGGUCAUUCUUUAGCCGAUUGUUUAGAAAAUGUUUUGGAAUCCAUCCUCACCCAUGGAAGAGCAUCUUAAAGCCUGCAGAGACAUGUGAUGUACUAAAAGGCUUCAUCCUACUAAUCUGCAGUAUUUUAAUGUGUUAUAUUGAUACAAAUAUGAUGUAUCAUUUAGUAAAAAGUCAAAGUGUGAUGAAGUUGUAUAUAUUUUUCAAUAUGCUGGAGGUUGGAGACCGGUUAUUUUCAGCAUUUGGACAGGAUACAAUAGAUGCUCUGUUCUGGACAGCCACGGAACCUAGAGACAGGAGAAGGGAGCAUUUGGGGGUUAUUCCUCAUUUAUUGUUUGCCAUGAUUUAUGUGUUCCUCCACAGCUUAUUGGUGUUGUUUCAAGCGACAACACUGAAUGUAGCAUUCAACUCUAACAAUAAAAGCCUCCUCAUCAUUAUGAUGACUAAUAACUUCGUCGAACUGAAAGGCAGCGUAUUUAAGAAAUUCGACAAGAACAACCUGUUCCAAGUAUCAUGCAGCGACGUGAGAGAGCGGCUGCACCUGUCAGUGCUACUCUUCAUCGUGGUGCUGCAGACCAUGAAGGAGUACACGUGGCGGGAGGAGCGCUUCUGGAUACUCGCGCCGGACUGUGUGCUUGUACUCACCUUUGAGGUCAUCAUUGACUGGGUCAAGCAUGCCUUCAUUACUAGGUUUAACGAGAUCCCAUUCGGCGUGUACCGCGAAUACACGGUCAGUUUGGCGUACGACGUAGCGCAGACGCGACAGAAAUACGCGUUCAGCGACCACUCGGACCUGGUGGCGCGGAGGAUGGGCUUCAUCCCGCUGCCGCUCGGCGUCGUCAUUACUAGAGUGCUGGUUCACGCUGUUAAAGUUGACGGAUUUGCAGCGGUGUUCUUGAUAAUAAUAGCGUAUUUGUCCCUGAUAUCGAUCAGGGUGCUUGUGUCCAUCGUCAUUUUGGGGAAAGCGUGUGAUUUGAUCUCGCAGCACCAGACCGAUAAAAACGACAGCCAUCAUACGACGCCUAAAAAGGAACCAAAAGACUUCAUUCCGAAAGAAACCCCCUGCUCGUAUAAUUUUAAAACGCCCGAGAAAGAAGUGCCGCCCGCGAAGAAGACUGUUCAGCUAAAGUUCGAGGAACCUGAGGAAGUUAUUAAGACAGAGGCGCUCGUGGACGUAUCAGUGGGCGCAGCGGCCAUCUUCUCAAACAGCGCCAUCGACAUCAACGGCGUGUGCUACCUCAACGACAAGAUGAGUCCGCAGCCUAAGCAGGAACCCGCGGACUUACUCGACGCCGACUUGGGCGACAUGAGCCGCUCGGCGCCGGACGUGGCGGCGGCGCCGGCCGCGCACGCGCGCGCGCCGGACGCCGAGCGCGCGCCGCGCCGCUCCGAGUCCGAGCCCAACCUCGCCACCGUCGACGACGACGAGCCCGCAUAGCGGUAUCAUAUAUCAGCUUCCUUUGUUUUUGGGUGAUGAUAGACUUGAGCGUUCACUUGUGAUGAGCAUCUCUCGAACAGAAGAAUGUACAAGCUUUCGUAGAACGAUAGCCGAAUCUGCUUAAAAUUGCAAAUGCUCGAUGUUCUGCUCGAGUCUAUCAGUAUCCUUUUGGAUGCCGGAAUGACUUGCUAAAUUCGGCUGUGGAAUUCUGAAUCAAUCAAUCGUUUAUUUGCAGAUAAAAGCAUAGUACAAUGCAUGCAAAUACAUUUAUAUUAACAUUACACCACCGGUAAUUGUCAAAAUUAAUUACAAAAAUCAAAAUAAUGAAAAUCCAUUGCAAUUCAGAACAUAGUAAGAAAUUAAAUUCUAGAGAAAAGAAUCUUAGAAUAAUAUUCAUAUUGCAAAACAUAUUAAUCUGACAUAGUUUUUUACUGUACUAUCUGACAUAGUUGUAGGUACCGUUUUUUAUGAACUUACAAAAACCUGAAUAGAUAUUCAAAGUUUUAUAUAUGUUCCCAAGUCGAUAGAUAGGUACGAAAAAUGUUUGAGGGUCGCAGAUGCACCAAACCGCCUGUCACCGUUAAAGCGUUAACUAAUUUUUAUUGUAUGGGAAAUGUUAUUGUCCACUGUUGUUCAAUCCGUCAAUUAUGGUUGGUACAACUGAUCCUGAGUUUUCUUUAAAACCGGCCGUUGCGCCACGGACUUCCCAUGUUCCGGGGAAAAAAUCACCGAAGAAGUUUUGAAGGAAA